AUUUAUAUGUUAUUUAUCUAAUCUUUUGAACUUCAUUUACGUAAACUAAUUAAAAUUAAUUGCUGUCCCCUACUGCACCGUCAAUGGUCAGUAUCGACAUGAGCCGCGGUUUUGACUCUCAGUUCGGGCCACCAUCGCAACCCAUCAAUAUUGCAGCGUUCAUACAGGAAGCAAACUCCGCACUUUUGUCAGGAACUCUUACCAAUGCUUCAUGGGAGCAACUAACUCCCGAGCAUAGAAAUGCUGUCCAAGCAGAGGUCACUCGUAGCAUUUCAGAGCUCAAGGCAUCUCUUGAGCAAGUAUGGGACAACCCUGUCUUGUCAGCGCACGUGCUGCGCCAGCAUAAGUCUACAGUAGCAUCUGUGCAUAGUCAAGCAGAUGCACCGGCGCCCAAAGGAAGAAAGCGCAAGCGCCUUGUCGCUCCAGAAGGUAGUGAAUCUGCCCCUGGAGUACUGCAGCUGCAAGAGAAGCUUGAUUCUGUCAACCUCAGAUGUUGGGGAUUAACCUUGGAGUCAGCGCUAUGUAUGCGUGCUGCUAAGAAUCCCGACUAUAACGCACUUGAUACGCCCAAGAAGACAGGAACAGGCGUUCUCCGUACCCUUAGCCAUGGAGAAGUUGGUGCAACGCACAGUUCAACCCCAGACUCUCUCAGGAGCCUCAGCCCCGACACAACUUCAUAUCCAGACGCGGUUAUUUCGCUAACUGUAUACAACCGCAUCACUUAUCUUCCAAGCUGCCUGACACGCUCGUCGCAACACGCUGUACUGUCAACACAGACGUUGGGUGAUCUGCUGCGCGUCAUACCAUGUGCCUCCAGUCAUAUGCCAGUAGAAGAGCUAGAUGCAACGGUGACCUAUCUGGCUACAACCUCAUCGAACAGACAGGAGAGCAUUCUGGGUGUCUGUUCUACAUCGAGGGCCUCGUUUACGGAGACGGGAGAGAAAACACCGAUUACGCAGAAAAGUUAAUAGCCCACUUUCAAAAACUCCCCGAAGAAAAACAGCCGCAAAUAAAAAAUGCAUCGACCUCUGCCAGCGAAACCGCCUUCAAUGCGCUCACGCUAAGAGUAC